GACGCGGUGACGUCACGCGGGCUUUUGUUUAUGGUUGUGUUGCGGUAGAAGGCGGCGGGAGAGGCCUUUUGUUUUAGCCUCGGCUGUUGAUUAGUAAGAUCGCGAUUGUAGUUGGAAUCUACGGGGAUUAAAAUACUCGAGUUUGUUUUUCCUCCGACGGAGACCUAGACCGUCGAUACCGAAGAAAUGGCUCGUACCAAGCAGACAGCGCGUAAGUCAACGGGAGGCAAGGCCCCUCGCAAGCAGCUCGCCACCAAGGCCGCCCGCAAGAGCGCGCCGUCCACGGGUGGCGUGAAGAAGCCCCAUCGCUACCGGCCGGGCACGGUGGCUCUGCGUGAGAUCCGUCGCUACCAGAAGUCGACGGAGCUGCUGAUCCGCAAGCUGCCCUUCCAGCGCCUGGUUCGCGAGAUCGCCCAGGACUUCAAGACCGACCUGCGUUUCCAGAGUGCUGCCAUCGGCGCCCUGCAGGAGGCAAGCGAGGCCUACCUGGUGGGGCUGUUUGAGGACACCAAUCUGUGCGCCAUCCACGCCAAGCGCGUCACCAUCAUGCCCAAGGACAUCCAGCUGGCGCGACGCAUCCGUGGCGAGCGUGCCUGAUUGCCGUGCCCUGUCCAUGUCAGAGGGCCCCUCUAUACUCCGGUUUUUUAUAGAGGCCCAUUAGAGGCAAGGGAACAACAAAAAAGUAUAGCGCCUUGUGAACUUUUAAUGAUUCUUGUUUUGGACAAGUACACUUGGAUGUUCGAUGUUGGAGGCCUCCCAACAAUCGAUUUAAAUAUAAAUGAACUAGAAACGCAAUGCUUUAUUGUUAAUGUCUUUAACGCAAAGUGUGCAAAAUGAUUAAUGUGCAAUUGGUGUGGAGGCUUGCACAAUGUCUGUUGGGCACACGUGGUGUGUAGAGAAUUUGGAAAAGCCUAAUGAUAAUAACAUUGGCGUCUAUGAAACCGGACUUUAGAGCAGCCCUGGCUGAUCCCCGAAGCCAACGGGACCAGAUAAAGGUGCAUAAACAUUGUCGCCACGUCUAAACGUAGUGUGGGAUAGACUAGAAAGUAAAAGGGUUGUCUUAGAGUAAUUAACAGUCCUUGUUUUGUUACUGUUUUUUGUUCAUUUUUUAGAGGUGCUUGUCUCUGUGAUGAUUCAAUAGAACCUGGUUGUGAAGGUCAGUCGAUACUUUGGGAGUCUAUGUUCAGCCUUGAAAAUCUUAAUAAGGAAGAAUGAACGGCUACAUUUGUUAUUGCUGUGCUGUACGUUAACGAGUGGUGGUGGUGGUGGUGGCUGUGGUAAGCUAAGUUUGUAGUUGACCUCUUCGUUCUAUCCAACUGUGUUGUCAGGACUUCCAGGUUUUACACUCUUUUCAGUCUAAACACAGUAUUUGUACACGGUAUUGUAUUUUUAUAACUUUCACUGAUAAAAAAACAGGUAAAAAUUUUGAAAUUGUUUUGUAUUAUCUCCGUCUUUGCUCCCGUGCUAGCUGUGUGAGCGUCACACGUACUCAGUUCUUUCCCCCUUUGUGGUUUUAUUCCUUUAAGACUUUGACCAUUAAAUGUUGGGACGUUAUCCAAUAUAUCUUUUGUGUUUGUUUACAUACAUUCACACUCGCAACAGUUGACAUUUUUCAUGACAGUGAUUGCAUGCAACAAGCGUCAUGUUUUGCAGUUGGAGCUUUCCUGUAUUUUAUUUAAACUGCUGGCCUUUGCUCCUAUUACAAUAAACUUGCUUAUACAAUA